CUGUUUUUAAUUCGGAGCGAAUUCCCUCCCGCAGGGCGACUCCGCUGCCAGCCAGCAGCCCUAGGAAAGCCCUUGCUCCCGGGAAGGCUUCCCGAGCGCUCGGGGCCAUGGCAGCCGGGGACGGCGGCCGCUUCCACAUCGUCUCGCCCUUGCUGGAGAGCGUGGCCUUGUCCAAGGCGGCAGGCACCAAGGUCUACAUGAAGCUGGAGAACGUGCAGCCCACGGGCUCCUUCAAGAUCCGCGGCAUCGGCUACACGUGCCAGGAGGCUGCCAAGCAGGGCUGCCAGCGCUUCGUCUGCUCCUCAGGGGGCAACGCGGGGCUGGCCAUGGCCUACGCGGCCAGGCAGCUGGGGCUGCAGGCCACCGUGGUGGUGCCGAGCAGCACGGGCCCCAUCGUGGUGCAGAAGCUGCGCGACCUGGGCGCCCACGUGGAGAUCUGCGGGAAGGUGUGGGACGAUGCCAACGAGAGAGCCAAGGAGCUGGCCAAGCGUGAGGGCUGCGUGAGCAUCCACCCCUUCGACCACCCGCUGGUCUGGCAGGGCCACUCCAGCCUCGUGCGGGAGCUGCGGGACGCGCUGGAGGCCAAGCCGGGCGCCGUGGUGCUCUCGGUGGGCGGCGGGGGGCUGCUGGCCGGCGUGGCAGCCGGCCUGCGCGACGUGGGCUGGCAGGACGUGCCCAUCGUGGCCGUCGAGACGUGGGGGGCGCACAGCCUGCACGCCGCGCUGGAGGCCGGCCGCCUCGUCUCGCUGCCCGACAUCACCAGCGUGGCCAAGUGCCUGGGCGCCAAGACGGUGUCGGCGCGGGCGCUGCAGUGCGCGCAGGAGCUGCGCGUCGUCUCGCAGGUGGUGGAGGACGCCGAGGCCGUGCAAGCCAUGGAGCGGUUCCUGGACGACGAGCGGCUGCUGGUGGAGCCAGCGUGCGGCGCGGCGCUGGCGCUGCUCUACACGGGGCGGCUGCGGCGGCUGCAGCGCGAGGGCCGCGUGGGCGCCGCGCCGCUGCCCGUCGUGGUCGUGGUGUGCGGGGGCAGCGCCGUGGACGCGGCCGAGCUGCGCGCCCUCAAGAGCCACCUGGGGCUGCCCUGA